CCUUAAUCUUCGCUUAAUUCAGCAGCGGCUAACAAGCGGCUUGAUCAGACAUACCGAGCGCAAUUACGUCCAACUUUCCUUUCAAACGAUGAGCCAACCCAGGGACCCGUUGCCUACUCCGGCGACGACGACACGUCGCGCUCUCAACUUACGUCAGCAGCGGGCUUCGAGGUCGCGAUCUGCUACCGCCAACUCACAGCCCAGCUCGCGGUCUGUGUCCGCCGCUCCCGCCGAGUCUGAGGAAGACAGCCCGCCCCGCAGCGUCAUUGACGACGACGGCUCAACUGUCGCAUCGUUAUCGCGACACCAGUCCAUGUACGACGUCAACGAUCCCGGUCGGGACCGUCCGUCCCGAGGGGGGAGCAGGUCUACCCUCAUGGGGAACCGCGCAUCCUCUGUUGGGCGGACAAACGGCGAGCCGAGCCCUCGCAGGCGCAGGAGACUCGGUCGUGCGGAGACGAGCCUGACCGUUAUCUCGUCUGAGCGAGAAAACUUCGCCGACGAGCCAGGACCAAGCUCGCGUACACGCUCACGCUCGGGCACAUCAGCGUCUCACCAGAACGCUGCACCACUGCCCCAGUCUCCUAUAGAUGUUGACGCAUUACCUGGCUCGCCGGAGGCCAGACUUCCUCGGCCGUCCAAGAAGCGGAAGCGGUCCGCAUCAUCGCCUCCUCCCAUGCCAGCUUCUUCGUCAGAUGUCCUGACGCCUUCCCGCCCUAACCCGGAGCAUCUUUCUGCGUACGUCUGCCCGGUGUGUUUCUCGCCGCCCACGCGCGCGACGAUGACACCUUGCGGCCACGUAUGUUGUGCCGAGUGCCUCUUUACCGCGAUGCAGUCCACCAUCGAACGGACUGUUUACCACGGCCCGGCAGCUCAGCGAGCGAAGUGUCCUGUGUGUCGCGCAGCCAUCCCUGGGUGGGACGGGAAGGGUCGCGGCGUAAUCGGAUUGAAGCCACGCGUGGUGUAUAGCAUAGACAAUGGCCGGUGACCAUUCGUCUCGCCGUGCUUGAAGUAGAACUUUAGUAUUGAACAAGGACCACACGAUGCCAUCCAGUAGUCUUGUACUUCGCACACUACCUCGUCUUCUAUCAUUCGACAACCAUCUCCCCUGACAGUUUUGUUUAGCGAGCCCACCACGAUGUACACGUCCGUCUCAUCUUGCUUCCGAUAGCACUCAAUGAGCCCAGAGUCCAGAAUAAC